AAAGUGAGUAACAUUUUUUCUUUUAUAUAGGAAAACUCAAGUAAGAUCUGUAUAUACUGGUAUGGUGGUGCAAUAAUUACUGCUGUGAUUACCAGUUAGUGAUUUUUAAGAUGAUAAUUAAGUGAAUGCACAACAAAUAAUGAGUAUUAAAUGUCAGUUAUCAAGGGCACAGAUUAGCUAACCCGGUUUUUGAAAGGGAACCAUAGGAUCUGCUGAGCAGGUCCUAUUUUUUCACACACUUUUAAAUAUUGAUUAGAUUGAUAGAUUUUGCUUCUUAUUCAAAUAACCUGAACACAGGUAGAGGUAGCUUUCAUAUGCCUGUCAGCCUAUUUCAACAUUGUCUGUUGAACAUAUACUGUGUGAUACUUUCACGUGGCACACUUGUUGGUAACUUUUAUGCUAUUUUAAUUCUUGUAAGUUGAUUUAGAGUUACCUAGUGGGCGACAGGUGGAACUUCAGAACAUAGGGAUUAAAUUUCUUUCCAACACCAAAUAAAUUAGUAAUAGAUAAACAAGCAUUUGUAGUCGCUCAAUAUGGACAGUUAUUUCUACAUGUACAUCACUCCUUUUUUAAUCCGCGCGAUAUUUGAUUUUUAGUUACAAGCGUGUGGGAAGAGAUGCAAGUGAUGCAGAAAUAGAGGAGAUCAUAGACAUGGGAAGUAAGGCUCCGCUGUCUGAUCAGCAGGAGCAGGUCCAAGAGAACAUUUACUCUCAAAUCAACGCCUUCUGCACUUCGAUGGAUGACAUUCUCCGUACUGAUAUUAGCAGCACAAAAGAGCCUAUGUCCACUGAACAGAAUGCUGGUCUACGUCGUAGUGGUCUUAGUCUUGCUGUUGGUAGGAGUGCGCCAACAAAGACAAGUCCUGUUGUACCUGAAACAAAGCCGUUAAAGCUUUCUGAGGUAUCACAGAUGUUUAAGGAUCUUAGUGGUUACACCCUCAAGCUGAAACCAUCUCAAAUCCCUCACAAGGAGGCAGGUCAAGGGUUAUUCAUUGAUGGUGAAGCUGAUGUUGGUUCCAUUAUAGCAUUUUAUCCAGGUGUGAUCUACUCCCCAGCAUAUUAUCGUUAUAUACCUGGAUAUCCAAGGGUUGAUGCAGAAAACCCUUACUUAAUUACAAGAUAUGAUGGAACUGUUAUAAAUGCACAGCCUUGGGGUGUUGGCGGUGAAACCCUUGAACUAUGGGACGGGUCAAGUGUCUCUGAAAUUUCACAAGCUGUACAAGAUGCUGAGACGGGCUCAGACCGUGUCUGGAAGAUGCUCAGUAAACCUUUGGAAGGAAAACAAUUGUGGGGUAAUGGAGAGGUGUUAGAGCGGAGAAACCCACUAGCUUUUGCUCAUUUUGCCAACCACCCGGCACAGGGGAUGGACCCAAAUGUCAUGGUUUGCUCCUAUGAUUUUCCUCUGUUUGAGAAAGACAUGAGAAUGUAUAUACCGAACAUUGCUAUUGGACAAGGCGAGGAAGUAAAGAUGAAAAAAAUUGGUAGUUUUUGGUUCAAAACUGGAAGUUCUGGCAGCAGUGUAUCAGCUUAUCCUGUUCUGAAGACUCUUGUCCUUGUAGCUACCCGGGCUCUUAGUGAUGAAGAAGUGCUAUUAAAUUACAGACUUAGCAAUGCAAAGAAGCGACCAUCCUGGUACACUCCUGUAGAUGAGGAAGAGGACAGCAGGAGAUGGAGCUAAGUUGAAUCUGCCGAGCUGUUUCAUAUUUUUACCAAUUAAGAUCAUGUUUGAGAAAUUACAAGGACAUCUAGUAUAUUUCAGAACAUGCCAUGUUGAGAUUUAUUUGUGCGACACUGUUAGCAUUAGCAUUGGUCAUCGAGGCCAUAGUUAGGGAUCGGACGGGACGGGAGAAUGGACUAAAAUAACUCUUACAUUUACAUUAAUCAAUGUAUCUCUAACAAAGUAGUAUGGCAUGGUUGUUAUGAAGGCUCCCGAGAUGACAUCAUU